CUUCCUGUUAGAAUAUAUCCCUACCUGUCUGAAUGAACAUCAGGGGAAACCAUGGUAUUGGCCGGCCUUGUGGCUGGGAAGGAGCGGGUUGUGGUUCCCCUGGAGAGUGUGGACGUGUCGGUGACGAUCCACGGAUUCCUGGCGAACGUUGACGCCUCUCUCACGUACCACAAUGCCAGAUCUGCAGCUCUGGAUGUGGUCUUUGUGUACGUUGUGGUGGACAACGGGGCUGUCUACAAGUUUGAGGCCGACAUCGACGGGAGGCAGAUAAAGGCAGAAAUUCAGGAAAAAGUACAGGUACAGAAGAAAAGUAUCAUUAUUGUGUCAAGCGAUGAUACACCCAUGUCGAUGAAGCUACUGUUUCAAAAGAGGAACAUGAUGCUACAGCUAGGUGACAUCUUCAGAUGUAAGCUGGGUAAUCUUCCCCAACUCUCGGACGCCAAACUCCAGUUUUUCUUCGUCACGGAGCUGGCCCAGGAGACUGAUGGGUCCCUCAAGUUUGGUCUGCCCACGGUUCUCAACCCCAGAUAUUACCCUGAAGGUACAAUCUCAGAUAUUAUCCUGAAGAUUGGCCUUUCUGAAGAGUUUAGACCCAAUCACAGUCUGUCAUUCAGCGUAUUGUACGAGGAUACCCACAAACCACAAGCCACGCUGGAGAAGGGUACCGCAGACUGUCUAGGCACGCUGUUUGAGAAGGAUAUCCUCAUGCUCUCCUUCUACCCGGAUCUAAGCAUCAGUACCGAACAAGUAAAGUCGGAGUUCAUCUUCAUCAUCGACCGAUCAGCUAGUAUGCACGGGCAACCUAUCCUGAACGCCCAAGAGACCCUGCUGUACUUUCUGAAGAGUCUUCCCGUGGACUGCUACUUCAACGUCAUCAGCUUUGGGAGUUCCUGUGAUGCUCUCUUCCCCCAGAGUGUACGAUAUGGACAGUCAACUCUACAGAGGGCGAUGGAGCUUCAAGCGAGUCUGACGGCUAACAUGGUUGGUACAGAGCUGGUGAAGCCCCUCAGUCUAGUGUACAGCAGGCAACCCCAGCCGGGGUAUACACGCCAGAUGUUUCUGUUAACUGAUUGCGAUGUCUUCAACAUUGCUGACAUUGUAUCACUCGUGAGGAGGAAUGCCCCGGAGAGCAGGGUGUUCACAGUUGGUAUUGGGGACGCGGUGUCGCUGCCGCUGGUGAGGAAUGUGGCCACGGCUGGACGCGGUCAGGUGGAGUUGGUUACAGGAAGUGACAAGCUGCAAGAAAAGGUCAUGAAGCUACUCAGACAUGCAAUGCAGCCCGCUGUGACGGACCUGGUCAUCGACUUCCACCUUCCGGCUGGCCUGGCAGUGACUCAUAGACUACCCCAAGACAUGCCCGACAUAUUCCAGGGCCAGAGGUGCACCUUCUAUGGCUUCUUAACGGGCGAGAUGCGGCCUGACACUUCAACCGUUGGGAAAGCCACGAUGUCAGGUAGAGUUGGCGGAAAUACGUUCACCCACACAAUGACGUUUGACGUCAUGGGCGACGCUGUGAUGACGUCCGGGUACUUCGUCCACAUGCGGGCCAUGAAAACCAUUGUCGACGAUCUGGAUGAUCAAGAGAGAGACUAUGGUGCCAACAAGAGAAGGGAGAUAAUCGUUGCGAGUAUGGCUGGUAACAUCAUUUCAAACUACACGUCGUUCGUUGGCAUUGAUACAAAGACGAAUGAGAGAAUAUAUGAGCCGGUCAGGACAGACGUACCGCUUGUUGCCAUGGCUACCGAGAAGAAUGAGAAAUUAAAUCAAGAGGUCAAGACAGAAAGACUAUUACCAAAAUGGCAAAUAUUCAACCGAAAAAUCCCUAAACCAAAAUGGCGGAAAAGGCGUACAUUAUCCCAGGAACUCAAACUUAAUGUGAAGUUCUCCCGACACAAGGAUCCGGUUUGUGUCAGCAACAGAGACGACCUGGCGGUUUAUGGUCACCAAUCCACAUAUUCAAGUAGCUCCGCAAGGCCAAGAACCAAACCCCACAGGUGUCUUCCACGAUGUUCCUGCUUUUCCUGGAUGUUCCCAUCACCCAGGACAAAGAGUAUGGAAGAAGAUGUUGAGAAUAGAAGUAUAUGUGGAGUGGACGAUGUCACACUCGGCGACAGCGCCCAUGAAGAAGGGGCGGACAGACCUUGUACAGUUGUAGCAAAAGCGAGCAGGGUGGUUGCGUUGCAGGAGUACGACGGUAGCUGGUCGUUGACUAGAGAGCUUGCUGACGUUGUGGAUACAACCAAGGAUACACUACGAGACAAGGCAUUUUCAGUGGACGAAAAGGUAUUGGCGACUGGUCUGGCGAUUUGUUGGUUGACCUUGAAAUGUGCAGAUGAUCGGUCAGUGUGGGAGAUGGUGGUCAACUGGCUGGUGGGGCAGCUAGGACGGAGGAGGUGGACAGUCUUCUUGGGGAGGCUGAGAGGGUACUGUCUUUAUAGAGGCUGCCAAAGAGGAAGCCAAGGAAUGUAAAUUGAGUGCAUAAAGUCAUUGGACUGGAUGGUACAUGGUCAAGUAGCAAGGUGAUCAAGGUGACUGUGUGAAUGAUUCACAUUCACCAAUAUUUAUCGCAUCUUCCUGUAUAUAGUCGUCUAGACCAGAAAAAACAACAGUGGUUGUGAUCACAAGCAGUGUACCACACUGUCAGGAUACAGGGAUACGGUGUUACACAUUAAACCAGGUCACUGAGCCUGAAUACCUGAUCCAUCUGAGUCGCUUAGCAUGAACAGAAAUGGAGGGCUAAGGACCUAUUCUAACUCAUGCGAUUGGGUAGAGGAGACGGACAAGUCCCUCAAGAUCAUCAGGGACACUGCGUUUACUGAUGAUGACAAGGACCAUGAACUUGAGCCGAAAUCUCACACCACCGAAACUGAGAAACUGCUUCAGAUACUGGAAACAUGAUAAUCUUUGCAUACUCCGAACAGGGUAUGGAUGGUCCUCACAAAUAAUUUCGUGAGCUUUCAGGAAAAUAUCAACGAUGUAAUGACAGGACAUAGAAAUGGAUCAAAUGGGGAACUGAAUCUGGGACUUCAGAAUGAGCACCUUAAACACUGGUUCCUGUAAUACAGCUCAAUCUGCAUCCAGUGCAUUUCCUCAAUGGAUGACACUUCUCUGGAGCUGAAAAUUGAGUGACAGAAAGAGACUCAAUCAAUCCAAAAGCCUUUGUAAACACCUGAUGUGGACAAUAGAUAUUUUACAGUGAGUGCAGAAAGGUCUUCGAAUUGUGGACUACAUUUUGUUUGAAAUGUUCGUAGUCUUGCAUUUUUGGCAGAAAUAUGUUUGACGUUUCAGCUGCUCUUACCAACAGGCUACACUACAAUCCUCGCAAAAUUGAAAGGAAUCACAAUUAGUUGUGCAGAGUUGAGUCCCUUAGCCACGACAGGAUCCACUGACCAUGGUUUCACUUCUUCACCCUGAUUAUGACCCUUGGCUGUAGGCAUCAUACCAUGCUUGUGUUUCACUAAAGUAAAACAUAUCUAGGACCUGUGCCAUUGACUGCGACUUUGUGUGUGCUGUUGACUAUGGAGACGUCACUAACAGGUAAUAGCUCACCACUGAACAUAUGACAAAUAAUUCAGACAUCAGCAACACAAUGGUAGCUUAAUCAAUAAUAUCAAUAAAGAACAAAUGCAGUAUAAUUAUUUAUCAAUUCAUCAUUUUUACAAUGGUACAUAGUAAGCAGAGCAUGUCUGUAAAAUAUUUUAAUCAAGGUCAUGUGAUAUAAAAAAUAUAUCAAAUCUGGUUACCAUGACAACACUGUAGCAACAUACGUUACUGACGACAACACAGCUAAAUCAUAAAGGACACUACAAACGUACACAUUUGACAAGAAAUGGUUAAAUUCAGUAAAUAGUGACAAAA